AUAGGUCGCAAUAACUGGGGGCGGGGUUAACGUCACAAGACCGAGGCGCGAGUACCACCCAUCCAUAACACUCACGCGACACCAACUUGCAAGAAGAAAACAAGGCUGGUACACCGCGACUGGAUCUAUCAACAGGAGGAAACAUGGAAAUUUCAUUUGCGAAGAAACGGGCCUUGGUCACUGGUGCUGGCAAAGGAAUUGGCAGGGAUACCGCCAAAGCUUUAGUCAAGGGUGGUGCAUCGGUGAUUGCAGUCAGCCGCACACAGUCUGACCUGGACAGCCUCAAAGCAGAGUGUCCAGCCAUCAUUCCAAUCUGUGUAGAUCUUUCUAACUGGGAAGCUACUGAAAAGGCAUUAAAUGCCAUAGGCCACGUGGAUCUCUUGGUAAACAAUGCAGCAGUUGCCAUUCUGAAGCCUUUUUUGGAAGCCACGCAAGAGGAUUUUGAUAAGUCAUUUGAUGUCAACGUGAAAGCAGCUUUCCAUGUAGCACAGAUUGUUGCUCGUGAAAUGAAGGUUAGAGGAACAGGUGGAAGCAUUGUCAACAUCUCCAGCCAAGCAUCUCAGGCUGCCAUUGAAGACCAUGCAGUUUACUGUGCAACCAAGGGUGCUUUAGACAUGCUGACUAAAGUGAUGGCUUUGGAAUUAGGCCCUCAUAAGAUCCGAGUGAACUCCGUGCACCCCACGGUCGUGCUGACUGCUAUGGGCCGCAUUAAGUGGGAGGACCCAGAAAAUGCCAAAUACAUGAUUUCACGAAUACCACUCAGGAAAUUUGCAGAGGUUGAAGAUGUUGUAAAUGCCAUCUUGUUUCUUCUCAGUAAUAAGAGUUCCAUGAUAAAUGGGGCCUUGUUGCCGGUCGAUGGUGGAUUCCUUGCAUCCUGAAGCUGGUCCCAAAACAGAUAUUGUCAUGUUACUAACUGAUGAAGUUGUUUUGCCAAAUCUAAUUUUACAACAUAUAAUUUGUACUCUUAAGAGGUAAUUUGAUAAAGUACUAAAUGCUACUGUAAUAAUAUUUAAAACUUAUUAAUUUUCUAUUGCACAUCAUACAUUUUAGGAGUCUCCCUGUAUUUCAUAGCAAGGACAUGCCCUCUGAUGUGUGGAUUUAAGAACUAACAACAUUUAUGAAGCAUAAACCAUUUGUGUUUUCCUUAUCCAACAAAAAGGUUCUUCAUUUUUAUCACAUUAGAAAAUACAUUCCCUUUCUGUUUCUUUCUAUUUUCUCUAGAUUACGUAACUGAAGAAAAUUUAGUGACUUUUUUGGUGAAAUGUCUGCAUUUGUAACACAGCUUUAGUGACCACUAACUAUGCAUACCACAGCUGCUGAAGCAUCUUAUGGAGCCCAUUAUUUGACACCAAUAUAAAUAGUUACACUGUACUGUUAGUCUAUUUAUGAAAACUACCUCACUAAUUAUACCCAAAAUAAUCCUAGAAGCUUAAUCUUUCAUAGCACAUAUUCUGUGAAGACUUCAAUUACCUUUUAUUUUUUGAGACAAUAUAAAUAAUCCCAUAAUUAACUUCACAAAUGUAAGCAGUCAAUAGUGUUCACUAUACUUUUAGUAUAAAUUACAUCUAACUGCAAUGCUUGUCAUAGUAAUGUAAGUGAAUAAUUAAACCCCUCCUUUACUUUUGCACUUUACAGUUCAUGUUAUUAAACACCUUUGUAAAAGGUUGACUAUUUGAAGCUAACGGAGCUCUAUUAUGAGACGACAGUUCCUCUAAGUGUCAGUGAUUAUAUUUUUGUUUUUGCCUUAGACUAAUUCAGCAACCUAAAUUAAGAGUUUCUGUGGACAUCCAAGCACCAGGGUGUCUCAGAAAACAUUCAGAACACUGAAGGUAUAUAUGAUAGACCGUAGACAAGGAGUAAAUUGUUUUUUUUUCCCCCAACAUUGCAACAUAACAAACUCUAGUGAGAACAGUGUGAGUGAAAGUGUUUGUUAUUGAGAAUCCAGCCCAGUGUCUUCAUGCAUAACAAGAUCUAAGAAAACUCACAUUAAGACAUGGAAACAGGCCAAAGCAUUCAGUUCACAUGCUUCUUUUACCACACACACUAUGUAAGAUUUAUCUGGGUCAGUAUUCUUUUUGUAAGAGAUGUCUCUGGGCACCUGUAACACUAAUUUGUAUAUUUUGGGAAUGUCCCAUGUAUCGGGUUAGUUUUCACCCCAUGUUUGUGGAGGAUUUUCUCUGCGUUCUCCGUGUACUGUAGCACAUUGUGAAUAGGUGUGUUAAUUGAUUCUAUGCUGGCAGUGUGCAUGACUAGGCCCCUGCAAUGGACUGGUGCCCACUCCAGGGAUCCCUAGGGUGUGCCUGCUGCUGUCUACCCUCCAACAGUUCCACACAUUGGAUUAGGCAUGUUUUGAGAAUUUUGUUAUGUCAUUUAUCUUGGUAGCAUUAUAAUCAUUGAUCCUCUACUGGAACAGCUCUAGCUGGGGAAACACCCCAUGACUUGUACCUGCUUAAUGAACAACUUUAACAACAGUCACUCCUCCAGUACAUGAGGCCCGUUUCACCUGCAGAUUCAGUUCAGUUGAUAAGGUUUGUGCCAAAUCACAGACAGAAGUGUGACCAGUUGCCUUGUUUACAAAAAUGGAUAAAACCAUUAGGUUAAGUUCAAUACUUUUCAGCCAAGUAACCUUGAAUCCCAACCACGGAGUAAGAUUUAAGGAAAAGUUUGGCAAAGUAUUCUGGAAUGGCCCAAGUACUAUAUACUGUAGAAGGGUGUAUGUGCUGUCAAAUGGAAUUGUGUGUCUUUAAUAGAAACGGAGCACUUUAUAUGGAAGGAAAACUCGAAGUAGUACAAAGUCAGGAACUUCACUUGCUGCUAAUGGACAUUACCCAGGUUUAAUCAGGUUGGCAGGAUGUCCUCCAAAUUCCUCUGAACAGGGGGUCUUGGGUAUCACCCCCUUCAGCACUUACACUGCCAUUCUUUGCUUUUUGUCUUAAAAUUUUAAACCAGCUCCUGCCUGUGUCAUCUCUCUACAUUAUUAAUCGAUUCCACCCAAGCCCUGUUCCUCUCAUUUUUGUUCCUCUUUCGAUGUGGCACACCAGAUGUACACUCAUUCAUUGUUCCCUCCACUUUCUACCUUCAUGAGACAGACUUUACUGAACUAUUUCUAUAUACAUCUCACCUCUGCUACCAUUUCCAUGUGAGCAAAUGUAUCUUAAACAAAUCACCUACUCACUACUGUUACAUUGACUUCUGUCUUAUCAAUACCCUUUCCUCUCACCACCGCAUCUGUUAGGAACCCACUUCCAGCCUGGUGUGUACUAUAGAGUUCCUAACAACAUUUUAAUACACUUGAUCAUGUAGCCACCACCACCACCUCCUCAUUGCUCUCAGCCUUGGGCACCAUUAUUGUUGUCAUCCUAUACUUCUCAUAACAUUGCUCCUCUUCACUAUCUCCUUCUAACUUCUUGUCUCUUCUAAUCAUGAGCACUGUAAAGCGUCCAUGAUAAUUCAUCUAUCUUUCUAGGUACCAUACACAUCACCAUUGGACUGAAGUUGGGAACCACCUUUGUAUAGCAAUCGACACUUGUCCUGCUUUCACAUCCAAAAACCUUCACUUUUCCAGCUUGCUGUCCUUUCUACAUCUUGUCUGCAACACUGGCACUGCAGGAGAUGCACCACAGAAUUUCAUGGACAUCUUAUGCCUACCUUGCCACCAACUCUCAAACUCCUCCAGAAACAAGACUGUGGCUGUCCAUUAGGUAAUGCUUCUCCUCCGUGCCAUUGAGCACAGAAAAGCAGAUAUUCUGUAUUGUAGCAGAAUAAUAUUUAUUAGUGUUGUGCACAUUUCUCUAUAGCAUGUGUGCCAGGUGCCAAUGCCAGACUUUUACUUGGCCAUCCAUGUAAAAGACAUCAUGGUGUCAAGUACAUGAGCAAAGUGUACCAAGGUGGAGAAGUACAUUUUAGAAGUGGCAGGGCUGUAAGAAGCAACACUGUGACCCAUGGGUUAGCAUUGCAAAACUAGGGGUGUAAAAACAAAACCAAAGUACUUUGGUGAGCUGCUAACAUGUUCUGGCAAUGGUUUGGUUUCAAACUGAGCUGCAGUGGGGGCUCUCAUUAUAAUUGCAUGAGCCAUGGGUGUAAACUGUAUGUUGAGACCACUGAACACUUUUGAUUGCUCUAACAUUUCAAUGUAGUACUGACUUUUACUUACUUGGUCUGUUCACACAUACGUACCUUCAGAUUUACAGGAUGUAGAUUGUGUGUGUGUGUGAAUACAAUACUAGCAUGCGUGUGCGCACACACAAUGCAUUGCAAAAGUAUUUUACUGAAUGACAAAUCCUACACUGAAGGUGUCACAUCAAACAAAUAUUUGGGCUUUGAAAUGCUAAUCACAGAGGAGAAACUUUCAGAGUAGGAUUUUUAAUUUGGUAAAUUGAGAACUGGUCAAGGGUUCAGAUAGUCCUGCAAGGUCCUACAAUAUAUAAUACAUAUAUUAGUAAUAGACUUGUUACCACUAAAUGUUAACUGUGAUAUUCUUAUUUGCAGGUCCAACCAACAUGCAAAAUGUCGCCACAAUAAUUAACCCUACAACUGCUUCUGGUCACAUUUGACUUGUUUUUGUGUUUGAAAUCAGUAAAAGCACCUUACGUUUAGUCAGUUCUGAAUGAAACUGGGUGACUUUACUUGCAUUUCUCCAAAUUGGUGAAGUUUUUU